GGCGGAGAGAGCAGAGAGGAGCUGGCACCGGGCCGGUUACCUGCGGUCUCGCCGCCCCUGACCCUGACCCUAGUCGACCCGCAAACAUCCUCUCCCUGGGUCAGCCUUUCUCGAGAACUUCGAAUUUUAUUCUGCUGCUGCAGCCAGCGCUACCCACCCUCUCUUUUACCACUUCCUCUGCUCUUCUUCUCUUUUCCUCCUCCCUCUCUCCUCCUCCUCCUCACUAUCCACCCUCUCCCGUCCCCAAAUGCCCCCUCUUCGUCUGACGGUCCGCAACGUCGUCCGCGUCGCUGCGGUCUUCAUCGUCCUCCUCAUCCUCUUUGCUCCGCCAGCAAAGCGCGAAGACCGCGUCGCCCCGGCAUACUCCUCCGCCUCCAGGCCUAGCUCACAUGUCCCCCCGUCUUUCCUGACCGACAAAAACAAGCCGGCUGCGCCGGCCGGCUCGGCUACGGCCAAAACCCCUUUACAGAAGUCGCGCUUCGGCCAGCAGGUCGUCGACGGCGCCGCCAGCCCCCCUCUCGACAAGUCAUCCAAGACCAGCGUUAGCAUCACCACCACCGCUGCCACCCCGGCGGCGAAAAUCGGAGAGGAGGUCUCGAAUCUGGUCGUCCCGCCGCCUGCUUAUCCUCCUCCUGCUCCGCCCGCCCCUGUCGCUCCUGCGUCUUACGAAAGUCUAUCCGAGUCUCUGCCAAAACCAGCUGCUGAUGCCGCUCCUCCUUCCGCGCCAGCUGUGAACAAAGAGGCGCUCGUUCCCCCUGAGAAGACUGAGAGCAAAGCGGUUGCAAACGAAGUCCCGGGGCUCGACGUUGCACAACCUCCGGCGCCGGUCAAGGAGACUACAAGCGCUGAUUCAGUCACCCCGAAGGUCGAAGCGACUGCCCCUACCCCUGCGGCUGUUUUGGAGACCCCUAAAGCUGAGGAGGAAUCUAAGCCUGCUGCUGCUAAGGAAGUAUCUAAAGUCGAUGCUCAAGUCGAGCCGGUUGCUGCUCCCGCUGCUCCCGCUGCUGCUCCUGCCGGAUUUGCGGCUGAGGCUGAGCCGGCUAAGCUGCCCCAGGAGCCGGUGGUUGAAGAGCCAAAGGCUAAAGAGGUCCUAAACCCCGAGACGGAGAUCGUUCCACCGGAUAUGAAGCUUGAGGACGCCCCGGCUGCCGCUGAAGAAAAGAAGGAAGAAGUGCCGGUUGUUGCUGCGGAGCCUGUUGCAAAACCUGUCACGGUACCAGUCGCGGCUGAGGUCAAGGCUCCCAAGAAGCCGGCUUCGAUUUACUUGGUGAACAGUCCUCGGUACCAUUUCGAGGUCAUUCUUCCGUUCCUUUCGGUGAUGUCUGAUCUGCCGGAUACGGAGGUGACUCUGUGGGCACUGGCGGAAGGAUACAAGCGAUUUGGAGUGCGGCCGAUGCUUGACGAGGCGGCCCAGCCCAAGGGCUUGAAUAUGAUUGACAUCGAGCGGUUUGUGGAGGAGAAGAAGACGCCUGAUUUCAUUUUCCUGACGAGUUGUCCCGAGGACGUCAGCAAGACUUCGCCGAAGCUGGCCGAGUUCCUCGAGAAGGGUGCGUACGUGCAGUGCAUUGUUCACGAGGCUAGCAAGUGGGAUCCGCGCGAAGGCGGGGAGUCGCCGUACGUGGAGGCAAUCAAGUUUAUGAUUCCGUGGGUGAAGAAGGGCCAGUGGGAGUUUGUGACGCUUGCUCCGCACGUGCAGCGCUACGUGCACGCGAACUUCCCGAAGUUUAUGAACACGCCGGAGGUUGAGUAUGACGCGCGAAUCGUGCACCCAGUCUUCAAGGUCGCCAAGACGGACGGCGAGGUCGAGGUCCAGCAGCCGUUUGCGGCGAUUCCGGGCAAGUUCGAGCCCUGGCGACGAAACUACGUGCGCAUCUUUGAGCACUACGUGCGGACGCAGCCGCAGGCCGAUUUGCAUCUGGUGGGCUCGGGCAAUCCGCUUGAUGUGCCGCCGGAGAUCAAGGACCGGAUCAAGUACCGCCGCAACCUCGAGUUUCCCGAGUACUUUGCGCACCUGUCGCAGGCGAUUAGCAUCAUCCCCGCGUUUGCGACGCCUGAGUACACGAAGAACCAGGCGUCGUCGUCUGUUGCGACGGCGAUUAUUUGCGGCGUGCCGCUGAUUGGCGAUAAAGAGAUUGCGUCUGCGUACUCGCAGAUUCCGGCGGACGCGAUGUGGGUGCAGAAGGAAGGGCAGAGUGAGAUCGAGCUGUUUGCGGAGAUCAGUCGGAUGGACAAGUCAGUGUGGAUGGAGAAGAAGAAGCGGAUCUUGCGGUUGCGCGACGAGAUGGUGUUGGAGAACAAGGCGUUAUUUUCAAAAGUGCUUGAGGAUCUCGCGAAACGAUAGAGAGGAGAAGUAGAAAGAGGUGGAGAUGAUGAAAGUGCAUGCUACAUUAGGGCAACUGGAAAGAGAUAAUGGGCAAACGAAGAUGUUUGUCACAAGUGUAUAAUUAGCAUAAUGAGCUUGUCUUUUUUUAUAUUUCAUUUUAUAUUUCAUUUUUUGCUUACAGUUUAUAUUCAUAAUACUUUGCUUGAAUUCAUUAUGUACUCAGUGUUUCGUUAUAAUCUUGGUUUAUUUCAUAUUUCAUAUUUCGGUAUAUUUAUUCAUUCGCAUGCAUAGUCAAUAGAGCUUACAGCACACUUACAAAAGCUCUCAACUACUUGUUACGAACAAGACAGGAAAGGGAAGGGCAGAGCAGAGUUGCUAAGCCGCGUGGGCCGGGGCUGGGAGUUGUCGCCGCAGUGGGUCGGUCUGAUUGCGAGGGAGGAAGGGAAAGCUAAAGAAAAGGGGAGGAGGAGGG